AUGGAUAACACAAGCAAAGAGCUAGAAAUGGAGUCUUUACCAACUGGAGUUUUCGAGUUACCGGGAGAGCCAGCGAUAGUUAUUAAUGGUGUGCCGGACAUCUCUCCAAGUGAGGGUGGUCUUGUUUUCUCAAGUACCAUAGGUGAUGCGGAAUCAUGUCGAAAUACAAGUCAAAAUGCAGAAUUUCUCGGAAAUUCGAGUUUUGGUGAAUGGUUGGAAGGGAGAGGAGUUCGAAAGUUGUUUGGGGAGCACUAUUAUAGUGGAACUGUUUCUCUGUUUGACAAGGAAACUGGCUGGUACAAGGUGGUGUAUGAAGAUGGUGAUUCUGAAGAACUUGACUGGAAAGAGUUGCAAGAGGUUCUUCUGCCCCUGGAUAUUACAGUUCCACUGAAGUCAUUAGCACUGAAGAUCAUCAAGAAGAGCCAGAAGACUGUUGUUAACAAAUCAGUAAAAAAUGUGACCCACCCACGAAUAACUAAAGCUAAUACUACUGCAAGUUCAGAGAAAGAAAACUGA